CCCCAGAAGAGCUCCAUCCAGGGGGCAUCCUUCCCCUCCAGCCCCCAGAAGAGCUCCAUCCAGGGGGCAUCCUUCCCCUCCAGCCCCCAGAAGAGCUCCAUCCAGGGGGCAUCCUUCCCCUCCAGCCCCCAGAAGAGCUCCAUCCAGGGGGCAUCCUUCCCCUCCAGCACCCAGAAGAGCUCCAUCCAGGGUCCAUACAGCCCCCAGAAGGCCGGACCCUCAUCCCUAACAUCCGUGCCUCAGAGCCCCCUGAAGACCCAGGCCCUCUCCAGGAACCUGAAUCCCGUCCCCAGCCCCCAGAAACCAGAACUCAGAACCAAGCCCACCAUCACUGGAUCCUCUGGGCCCAAGGACACCCCAGGAGGACCUGGUGUGAAAUCUUUCCUGGAGCGUUUUGGAGAGAAGUGCCAGGAGCGCAGUAACCUUUCCUCUCCAGCAGGGGGCUCCAGGACCCCUGCUGUGACUCCUUCCUCCCUCACCCCGAACACCCGUUUGGUUCAGGAGAGACUGAGAGCCGCAACACACACAACUACUGCUGACCUCACCCAGAAACAGAAGCUGGAGCGAGAGUCAGAGCUGGCUCAGAUUCGCAGUCGCUUCCAGAAGGGGAGCAACAUGUGGAAAGAUCAGGCAGCAGGAACCAACAAGAACACAGACAUCAAGGAGCAGCCUGAGAAGCCCGUGGAGUCUGAAGUGUCUCAGAGUGAAGAGCAGGAGGAAGCUGCGGCUCAGAGGACGGACACGCCUACUAAGAGCUUCCCUCCAGGCCAUGGGAUGAUGUUGCCUCCAGCCUCAACAUCCAGUCCUCUGAGGGUCCUCCAUCCUGCAGAGAAAACCACAGAGGAGGAGGAGGAGGAGGAGGAGGAGGAGGAGGAGGAGCAGGAAGUGGUUAAGGAGCGGGAGAUGAACGUGGACAGCUCCAUCAACUCUGCCGUUAUCAACCAGCUGUUUGAGGGAGUCCUGGACCAGAGCGAUGAUGAUGAGGAAGAGGAUGAGGAAGAUGCUCUGAACAUCUCCUCCAUGUCUCUGAUCAUUCCUCUGGAGAGUGUGGCUGCUGUGGUGAAGAGUCCAGAGAGCAGGAUGAUGACGUCUACUCCAGCCACCUCCUUCCUGGUGAAGAGCGGCACUCCUGAAGAGGCGUCCAGACGGAGUAAGUUCCAGAGAUCCAACAUGGUGCGAGGCGCCUCCUCAGGGGAGACGCUGGAGGAGGAGAGAGGACUUCCAUACAGCAUCGACGCCUACAGGUCGAUCCGAGUGAAGGAGACGGAGAAGCCGGCAGUGAAGCAGGUGAUCGUGAGGAAAGAGGACGUGACUCAGAGAGCAGAGGAGCCCCGAGGAGCCGCUCUGUUCAACGUCAAGCAGAAGAUGAAGGUCCUGAGCACGGGGCUGAACCUGCAGCAGACGGUCAUCCAUCAGGCCAGCCAGGCUCUGAACUGCUGCACCGACGAGGAGCACGGCAGGGGGUCGCAGGUGGAGGCCGAGGCCGAGAGGCUGCUGUUGGUGGCCACGGAGAGGAGGGAGGCUCUGAAGGCAGAGCUAGAGCGUCUGACCAGAGACCCCACGGGACAGAAGAAGCCCCUCUCAGCCCCGGGACCCUCUGGACCCUCGGCCUCUAAAGGCUCCGUCACUCUACAGGAGCUCCGUCUGCCUCUCAAGGCCGACUUCGUCUGCUCCAUCGCCAACAAGCCAGAGGCGACCAAGCACUCGUUCUUCCUGAUGCUUCGAGCUGGAGUGGAGAACACUGUGGCGACUCCGUUAGCGAGCACACAUCGAGGGCUGAGUGGAGACACGCUGUCCUUCCCCACCAGCUUCACCAUAUCUGACGUCUCCAGUGACUUUGAGAUUGAUGUCGAGGUCUACAGCUUGGUGCAGAGGCGUGACGUCUGCAACGACAAGAAGAAGAAAGCCAGCAAGUCAAAGGCCAUGACUCCAAAGAGGUUCCUGGCCAUCACUAAAAGUGUCCAGACACCAG